AUGGUUGUCUUCAGCAAAGUCACCGCUGCCCUCGCUCUCUCAGCCAUUGCAUCGGCCGCGGCCGUGCCAGUGCAGAGCCCUCGAAAGGGCUUCACUGUCAACCAGGUGACCCGGACGGCGACUCGCACCAAGGAUGUCAACUUGCCUGGAGUCUACGCCAAUGCUCUGUCCAAGUACGGUGCUACUGUUCCGGCUAAUGUUCAGGCCGCUGCCGUCAGCGGCUCUGCCAUUACCACUCCCGAGGAUGGGGACAUUGAGUACCUGACUCCGGUCACCAUUGGUGGCACUACCUUGAACUUGGAUAUUGAUACUGGAUCUGCUGAUCUUUGGGUUUUCUCCGACGAGCUCCCUACUUCGCAGCAGAGGGGUCACGCCAUUUACAAGACUGGCAGCUCCGGCACCAAGAUUUCCGGCGCCAGAUGGUCAAUCUCCUACGGCGACGGUAGCGGGGCUAGCGGUGAUGUGUACAAAGACACUGUCACCGUUGGUGGAGUCAAGGCCACCAACCAGGCUGUUGAGGCUGCUAAGCAGAUUAGCACUCAGUUCGUGCAGGACCAGAACAACGACGGUCUGCUUGGUCUUGCCUUCAGCUCGAUCAACACUGUCAGCCCUAGUCCCCAGACCACCUUCUUCGACACUGUCAAGUCCCAGCUGGACGAGCCCUUGUUCGCUGUGACCCUCAAGCACAAUGCUCCCGGUACUUACGACUUCGGCUUCAUUGAUAAGUCCAAGUACACCGGCAGCCUGGUCUACACCGAUGUCGACAGCUCCCAGGGCUUCUGGUCGUUCACGGCCGAUAGCUACAAGAUUGGCACCAGCACCAAGAGGUCAUCCGUCACUGGUAUUGCUGACACCGGUACCACCCUGCUUCUGCUCGACGACUCCAUUGUUGCUGCCUACUACAAGCAAGUCUCCGGCUCCCGAAACAACCUCUCUGUCGGUGGCUACACCUUCCCUUGCUCCGCCACUCUGCCUGACUUUACUGUCACUAUUGGCGGCCACGACGCCGUGGUUCCCGGUAAGCUGAUCAACUACGCUGCCGUGUCGACUGGUAGCUCCACCUGCUAUGGUGGUAUCCAGAGCAACUCUGGCAUUGGCUUCUCCAUCUUCGGUGACAUCUUCCUCAAGAGCCAGUACGUCGUCUUCGACUCCCAGGGCCCCCGCCUCGGCUUCGCUGCCCAGGCAUAA